UUUUUUUUUAACAAUUUCUCGAAUAAUUAACUCCAAUACGAUCACUAUUUCUGGACAAUCAUAAUGUUGGGCGUUCAAUAUAUGACUACAUGUAGUUAACAUUUAAGCUGUUCUACAUCUAAUUGCGAUCUUAUUUUGCAAUUAAGUAUGUAAAAUUAUUUAGCUUAGCUUUAGCUUAGUCUUUUUUUUUUUUUUCCAUCGCAACUUUUCACUUUUGCCCUGUACAGCCGUAUUAAAUGAAAAUGUAUAAUUAGGAUGAAAAUUGAAAUGGGGACUCUCAACCAGGAUUCAGUGCACAAAAAGCAGGGGUCCGUGUAGUUGUUUGAACGCUGGGUUGCAAAUAUAAAGCGGAUGUUAUGCGAGGGAAAAAGUUUUCGAGUCAUCCGUUUUUAAAGGUGCUGAAGAAAGACGCCUUGUGUUUCGGGCCACAUAUCCACCCACGCGUCAGAACAAAGGGUCCAAUCUUCUCAACAACGCCUUUAAUUUUGGGGGUGUAUAUUAAAAUAUCUUGUGCAUUAAAUUAAUAUUUAAUGUAUCUUAUUAGCAUAGCCAAGCGUGCAAGGGAAAAAAAAAGGAGGGGGGCGGGCGCGAUUUCAAAGAAGCAGGUGCAUUUGCUCAGAGGCACACGAAUAAAUAGGAGCCUUUUAAAUGGCCGGCUGAGAAGCGCGCGUAAAUAAUGAUAAUAAAAGCUGGAGUGGCUGAUAAGAGAGGAGGGGGGGGGCUGGCACUUUGUUUGGUGGCCCCCUUUUUCUCCCCCCUCGCCCUUACUCCCCUCUCAUGGGCUCCAACUUCUUUGUAUGCAGCAGAGUAAUAAGAAGCAGACAACAUUUUGAGGAGGGAGGCAGGGGAUAAAGACAGAGAGGGAGCGAGAGAGGGGGGGGGGUGUUAUUUAGGAGGGUGACAUCAGUCUGUUUCUUUUUUUCUAUACCCAUUUGGAGUCCUGCACACAAAACCGGUGCCUCGGAUCUAAAGCUUUGCACACACAAAAAAAAAAACCCAACGGGAUCAUCUUAAAUAAGUAAUCACAAACGAGAUUACGGGGCAAGCGGGGACCAGAUAGAAUUAUGGCAUUCGCAGGAGCGAGAGGUCGGACGCUGGCGGUCUGGCUGGUCGCCGCGUGUUGGGUUCUCGCGGCCGGACGGAGGGGGAAGCAGUCCCGGUGCCCCGCUGGAUGCACUUGCACCAAAGAUAACGCCCUGUGCGAGAACGUCCGAGCCGUGCCUCACAGCUUCCCCGUCGAUGUGCUCUCACUGUCUUUUGUCAAGUCUGGAUUUAAUGAGAUCGUGGGAGGAAGCUUUGUGCAUACACCUGCCCUGCAACUUCUAUUGUUCACGGCCAACUCCUUUGACCUUAUUGAUGAAGAUGCAUUUGUCGGUCUGCCUCAUCUCGAAUAUCUAUUUAUUGAAAAUAACAAGAUUACGUCGAUCUCCCCUUUUGCAUUCCGGGGCCUCAAAUCAUUGAUUCAUCUGAGUCUGGCUUACAACAACCUUGAGACGCUGCCUAAAGAUGUCUUCAAGGAGAUGGAUGCUUUGACUAAAGUGGAUCUGAGAGGCAACAACCUAAUAUGUGAUUGCAAGCUCAAGUGGCUGGUAGAAUGGAUCCACCACACCAACGCCACGCUGGACCAGAUCUACUGCAGCGGUCCACCUUUGCACCAGGGCAAGAAGAUCAAUGAUCUGCUGCCACACUCCUUCGACUGCGUCACGUCCGAAUUUGCCUCCUAUCAGUCGCUGAAGUUUGAGUCCAUUUUCGUAGAGGCCUUCACCUUCGGUCAAGAUCAGUAUGUUGUGUUUGCGCAACCCUUUUCUGGGACAUGCAGCUUUCUGGAAUGGGAUCAUGUUGAGAUGACCUUCAGAACUUUUGAUACCAUUGAAAGCACUUCCACUGUGGUCUGCAAGCCAUUGGUGAUCAACAACCACCUUUUUGUCAUUGUGGCGCAGCUGUUUGGCGGCUCCCACAUUUACAAACGUGACAUUUCCGCCAACAAAUUCAUCAAGAUCCAGGACAUCGACAUCCUGAAAAUCCGCAAACCCAACGACAUUGAGACCUUCGUGAUCGAUGGGGAGUCGUUCUUCAUCAUUGCGGAUAGCUCAAAGGCCGGCUACACGACUGUGUACAAAUGGAACGGCAACGGAUUCUACUCCCACCAAUCACUCCAUCCGUGGUACCGCGAUACAGACGUGGAAUACUUGGAGAUCUCCAACAAACCCCACCUGAUCUUGUCCAGCAGCUCCCAGAGGCCGGUGGUUUAUCAGUGGAACCGGGGCCAGAAGCUGUUUGAGCGCAGGACCGACAUACCAGAGAUGGAGGACGUCUUAUCAGUCCAACAUUUUCGGGUCAAGAGUGAGCUGUUUAUAUGCUUGACAAGAUUUAUCGGGGACUCCAAGGUGAUGCAAUGGGACGGGGCCAUGUUCAAGGAGGUCCAGACGUUUCCCUCCCGCGGAUCUAUGGUUUUCCAGCCCGUCUCCAUUGGCAACUGGCAGUACGCCAUCCUGGGCAGUGAUUACUCGCUGACGCAGGUCUACCAGUGGGACACCAAGAGAGGCCAGUUUGUCCCGUCCCAGGCGCUCAGCAUUCAGGCGCCGCGAGGGUUUUCCGUGGUAUCAGUCGACGGACGAGACUUCCUGAUUGCGUCCAGCUUUAAGGGGAAGUCUCAGAUAUACGAGCAUCUUAUGAUAGACCUGAGCAAUUAAAUCCACCAAACGGUUUGGACUACCGCUCACUGUCAAUGUUUAUCUGACAUUUGUUUCAAAUCUUUUAAAUUGUGGCGGAGUUGAUUGGGGAAUAUGGUGCGGUUAAGGAUAGGAAGUUUAGGGGGGGGAUCUGAUGUUCUGAAGGAGAGCAGACCUUGGAAGUGUGAAGAAAAGAAUAUGACCUGAGGGGACAGAAGAAUUGUGACAGAACUUCAGAGUUCAAACCCUCAAAAUGCAUGACCUCAGGAGAGUCUUUUGCGUACCUCAUGAGGCCUCAGUUCUUUGGCUUUUUUACAUCAUCAGUAGUGGUUCACGUAUUUUUGUAGGAGGAUUUUACAGUCUCAAGAGGUUCUUGUGUCUUUCUGUUCAGUGUUCGGGUUAUCAUCUAGAUACUCUGGCUUCAUCCCACAUCUCAAAGACUUUUAUGCUAAUGUAAUAGAAGACUAAAUUGCACAUGAAUGUGACUGACUGACUCUUGCCUGAAUUCAGCUGGGAUAGGCUCCAGCUCACCCUUGAACCCGGACAGAAUAAGCAGUAUAGAAAAUGGUCGGGUGGACAAACUGAAUCAGAAUCGACGAUGUCCCCCUGAAAUAGCUCAUUCCCUCUAGUGAAGCCCCGAUAGCUUGAUCGCAAGUGUACGAGUGUGACUCAGCUGUUAAUUUCGCGUUAGAAAAUCACAUUCGUCAUGUUCCGCCCAGCUGUCGUCAUCGCUCAUCACUUAUGGAGCACGGACUGAAGAAUCCACUCAGCUCUUCUCCAUCGGUUACACAAGACUCUAUGCAUCACGCAAACACUCUGCGUUGCUUUUCAAAUGAAUGACUCGCUAGAAGCGUCCCACUGUUGUCACCCCACCUCGCUCCCUUUCACUGCACUCUUGCCCCUUUUUCGCUCUCAUUGACAAAAGCAUUGUUUGUUUAUGUACAGUCCCCGUGCUUUCACACAGUCCUCUUAUUGGGGAUCACAAUGGAAUUCUGAAAAACAAUUACCAGCUUCAUUGACAACCCUUUUCCAAAUAUGAUUUUGGACCCCUUUUUUAUAUUACUGUAUAAAUUAAUUUAUAUGAUGCGUUUUUUAGGUAGAAAAGACCAUAGUCAGUGUUUUCUUUUUAAAAUAGUGUCACUCAAUGUUAGGUACAGUGUUAAAUGUCAUUAAAGAAUAAACAAUUGUUUUGAAGUGAGGUUGAUGAGGCCCCCACCUCACUGAAAAGGAA